GGAGGAGGAGAGAUAGAGUGGAGUGGAGACGAUUCGUAAUCGUACGGAGUUAGUAGUGCCCUUAGAGAGGCUACGUCAUCAUGGCGUCUCUCUGGCGAUAGAUUGAGGGGAGGGGAUCAUCAUCUCAUCGGAGAUUUGGGUGGGGUUGAUUCGUUUUUUUUUUCCCGGCAACGGUGUUGAGUAUCACUCUAGGAUUUGGGGGUGGAUUUUUUUCUCAGCGAGGCUAUCAAUUUUACAGGUUGGUGUGCCGGUUUAUGCAGCAGGGACUGAUGUUAAAACCUGCAGACCUAGGUAAAGCAAUGCCUAAGCUAAAAAAAAAAAGGAGUUGUGUAGAUGCUGUUAUCAUGGAUACUGCAGGAGGGCUUCAGGAACAGAAGCGGCUAAGGAGAGUUCGGACAUCAUCAUCUUGGAUGACAACUUUGCUUCAGUUGUCAAGGUUUGCUCAAAUUGCCGACACCAUUUGGAGAAAGUUGCUGAUUCAGUGAGUGUAUUGUUAACAGUCAAUUUCCGAGAGACAAGCAUACACGUCCUGGAACAUGAAGUACCUGCACACGCCACCAGAGUGAAGAACUCAAUUAUCUUCAACGCCUUUGUUCUCUGCCAAGCUUUCAACGAGUUCAAAUGCUCGUAAACCAGACGAGAAGAGCAUCUUCAAAGGUGUGAUCAAGAAUCGUCUCUUCAUGGGUAAAAUAGCCAUAACUCUUGUCCUCCAGUUGGCCUCUUGAUUUGGUUGGGAAUUCAUUCCGGUGCCGGCAGCUCCUAUAAGCAAACAGACUCUCAGUACUAAAAUGCUGGGGCAAGAAGAAAAAGUCUUCUAAAGAAGGUUCACUCUGAUUUUGAGGGCGGUUUAUCUCUCAGAUACUCUGGAUAUAGCAGCGCUGUACGUUGCGAUGAAAAGAGUCUCUGGCAUGGACAACCAAAAAAUUGUUGGAUUUGAACGGCAAGUUAUGAGAGAACAAGACGAGGGACUUGAGAAGUUGGAGGAAACAGUCAUGAGUACCAAGCACAUUGCUCUCGCUGUCAACGAGGAGCUCACUCUGCAGACAAGGCUAAUUGAUAAUACUAUUGAUCGAUUCGUUUGAUUGAGGAUGAGGCUACUAAGAUCUCUCGCUGAUGCUUUGAUUGAGGAGGGUCUUCUUUUGUAAUUGCUCCUGACCAGCAAGAAAGCUUUGUCAUAAUCUUGUCAAAGGAUGGAUCACAACAAGCAGCAAUAUGGAGCAGUGGGCCUCUCAAGGAUUGUCAUCUUUUCUCGGGACCCAUUCAUGGUUUCUGAGGUUUCUUUCCAUGAUCUCAUCUCACUUUGAUGGUUGCUGCAGUAGCAUUUGGGAUAAAAACAAGUACAGAGGUUUGUCACAGCUGCUGUCCGUGACUACAAAUUGUCUCUCCAAAAUGAUGAAGCACAGCUGUCAGGUUCCUGCGGAUGGAGUGCUAAUAUAUGGGCCACUCUCUUGCCGUUGAUGACACUAGCAUGACUGGAGAGAUCAAAAUCGUUAACAAAGACUCUAACAAGGACCCAUUCCUAAUGUCUGGCUAUAAAUUUGCAGAUGGAAAUGGUAUGAUGUGGGGAAUCUAUCGGUGAUUGGUUGUUGUGUUCUGUCUGUUACGCAUCUGCUAACUCUGCUUCUUGUUCUUCUCUGUGGUUGUGGUUGAUGCGUUUAUCGAGUGAUGUCUCAAGGAGACAAGGAUACGUUUCGCUUCUUCUCGGUGCUAACGUCUUCAAGGAUGUGUGGAGAAGGAUCCUACAAUGGAUUAAUGAUGGCUUCUACUGAUCAUUGUCACUCGAAGGUUUUGCUAACAGGAGAUGUAAACUGCGAACAAAUCUUCAAACGCGCCAAAGAUUCCUACUAUGCGAAAGAUUACGUCAAGGCGUUGGAGGUAAUAGAAGAUCUGUCUUUAGUCGAAGGAGAAGAAGACAGGGAGAAUAUUAAUGCGCUACAAGCUCAGAUCUUUAUGGACCUAGGGCAAAAAACAGAGAACACUGAUGUGAGUGCGGCAUACUACUUGGGUUGUGCAGAAUGCGUUUCGAUAUCUCCUGGGUUGUCAUCGUUGGCGGCAAUUUCACUCUUCGGUCUGGCAGAACAACUUGGGUCUUCCGUGUACUACAAGAAAGCCGUGCGCAAAGCAAAAGAAACUUUGUACAACCUUACAGUGAAUUUGCAGGAGGACUCAGAAUUUGCCAAGAGAGAGGAGAAAUCAAUGAUGUCUGUGAUCCAAAUUGCAGAGUCAAGAAUUGCUGAAUCCAAGACCAAGACACGACGAGUAGGAGUAGCAAGGAAAGAAGAAAAAGGUAGGGAUACAGAGAAGAGCGAGCCUGAUUUCAAUAAAAGAUUGAUGUUGUAUUGGGCAGGUUUGAAUGUUGAGACCAAACGGAACUUUAUGAAAGUAAGCACUGCGGAACUUAUGAGUAACGUUGAGGGAUUAUAUGGUAGUGAAGGACGAGAUGCGUUGGAGCAACUUCUUACUUUUGCAAGGGAUGAGAGAAAAUGGAGAUUCUGGAUGUGUCGGUCUUGUUCGACCAAGUUCUCUAGUGCUGAAGAAUGUAAGAAUCAUCUUGAACAAGAGCAUCGUGCAAAAUUUACACCUGAUUUGACAAAGUGUAUGCCCCAAAGGAUAAGUAAAGUCUGGGCUCGUAAGAUAUCUGUUGGAGGUUGGGAACCAGUGGAUACAUCAGCUGCCAUCGAACUGAUCAAGAAUCGUUUGGAAGAUGUGAAAGCAUUUGCCUAUGUGAAUGGAUGGUCCAAAGGCUGGCCUUUAGCUGCAGAUGAAGAGCGCAGUAAGUUACUCAAGGAAAUUCAAAUACUCCUUGUGUCGUUUUGGGACUGUAAGAUUCUCUCUUGUAGCAUUCGAGACUUUUUGAUGCAAUUUACGGUUAAGCAUCUUGAAAAGCUUCAAGUUUCCAAGCAUACUCUUACUGAUUGUCACCUAGUGGAGACACCUCAGAUUAUCUGUUUUUGUGAAUCUGGCGAACUCAAUGAAAUCCUGCAAUUUCUUAAAAACAUCAAGUGUGAAAGGGAUGAUGGUACAGAUGUGAUUUGCAGAGUAGUCGACAAUUUCUGGGAUGGUACUCGAGUUAAAGAAAAGCUCGACUUUGACCCUCAGGUUUCAGUUCUGCUCCUGGAUAAGAGACUGCUGCAAUGCAAGAUUGCUCGAUUCGAUGAUGAAGGGACUAUCAAUGUCUUUGAUCCCAGUGUUCACUAUGCCAAUGCACAUGCUCAGGGAGGUUAUAUCUUAUCCUGGUUAGUCGACAACUCUGUAGAAGAUGAGAGUUUUCAAUUUCCCAUACCUAUCAGGAUGCACAAUCUUGAUAUUUGGGUGGCUGUUCUGAAAGCCGUUCAGUUCACAUGUAGGACUUUGGAAACCACAUAUCUAAAGAAGUGUCAGCUCCUAGAUUAUGAUGCAGCUCUUACCACCGCCGAAAAUUUGUGUAUUGGCGAAGAUGUAAAGAGGAGGAAUUUACAGAAAGAUCAAUGGAACAGUUAUGCAUCUCUUCUAUGUGAUACAUGUGAAGAGCAUUUAAGGAGAGACGCUGAAAAAUCCCUGGAUACAGAAGUAUUCUUGUGUGCAGUACAAGAUGUUUUCAAAGGAGCAACAUUUCCAACAUUUGAUUUUCGCAUUUGCAUGGAUGUUAUACGUGAGCAUAAAGAUCUUAGUGAUGACAUUGUGAUGAAGUCCAUAAACCUUCUGAAAUUAGUGGUCACCAACAAGGUUGCUCUAAAAGAUUCAAAAUUUUUACUGGUUGAAAGUUCAAGGAUUAAUUUGCUGAAUAGCCUCACCAGACUUUCUGUUUUUGACUAUCGCUAUUACAUUCUUCGACCAGUAAAAGAACUCAUCCUGGAUGGUAUUAUACAUAUGGAACACAAAGCAAAUUUAGCUGCAGCAGAAGCAGAUCUUAUAUCCGAGGAAAAACAAGAGGAGAAGAUGAAAUUACCAUCGAAGAAGAAGAAAAAUAAAAACAACAAGGGAACUUCAACGAGCAUGCCUAGUCACCUUGAUAAGAGUGUUGAACAUGAAAAUUCUGUCAACCUUGAACUGGGAAAUACACCUCCAUCAGUAAAAACGGCCGAAGAAGUUCUUAUGGAACCAGAUGAUACUUUUUCAAGUGAAAGGGGUCUAUCGGAAAUGACAUCCAAUAUUAACAAUCAAGAGGAAGCUACCAAAGGUAACCUGGUUGUAAAAGAGCUUCUCAAUUAUAUGCAAAUCAUGCCUGGAGAAGAUUCAUCGUCAGAACACCUGGGCUCAGUACAUGAAGAAGCUACAACAAGAUAUAAUUCAGUUCUUGACAUGGUUCUUAAGGCCCUCUGUAACAUUAAGGUUCUUAAAGAGGAUCUGGUGCACAAUCGGCAACCAUUUUCUGACAACUUGGAAGAACAAGUUCCUCGUGCAUUACGAGACUUCUUUUCUGCUUUUGUCUCGGGGGAGAUAGAAUACGAAGGACUCUACAGUUACCUUUCAAGCGACUUACUUGCUUCCCUAGAAGAAGUUCAUUCCACGCUAAAUGAUGCUGCGGAGGUAGUCGUAGCCAUCCUUGAGUUUUGGCAAUGCUGGAAAAGUCCACAAAGAGAAAGCUUGAUAACUCGUCUUUUUACAAUUGAAGAAUAUGAAAGAAUGAAAUGUAGCAAAUGCAGAAAGAUGCCAAAUUAUCCAGAGCAAAGGUCUUAUGGCGUUGUUAUGGCUGCAGAUUCAAUCAGAGACCUGAAGUGUGCUUUUGGCAAUAUAAAGUUUGAAGACAUCAUUAAAGUGAUCCGUAUGGAAGAUAAAAUGUUAUGUGACAUUAAAACAAGAGGGUGUGGAAAGGCAAACUUUGUUCGUCAUACUAUAAGUAGAUCCCCGCCUAUCUUCACAAUUGUGUUGGAAUGGGAGAAGAAUGAAACUGAAAAAGAGAUAUCUGAAACGCUAGAGGCUUUAGACUGGGAGAUAGAUAUCAGCAGGCUAUACGAAGGCGUAGAACCAAACACAGUUUACCGGCUUGUGUCAAUGAUUGGUUGUGGUGAAGAAGGAGAAUACAAUUGCGUGGCUUAUAAAAAGAACCGAUGGGUCAGUCUCAGACAUGAAACUCUAGCAGAAGAGGUUGUCGGUAAAUGGAAGAGUGUGGUUAAAUUCUGUGGAGAAUGGAGGGUUCGGCCAGAGGUUCUGUUUUAUGAAGUUGUCUGAUCGAUGGCCUAAUAAGUGACAUAGGAACCCAACUUUGAUGUAUAAAAACAGUGGCAAGUCAGAAGUUGUGUUCAUCAUGUGAAUAUAGAUCAGUUGAAUUUUCUUAGUCAAGUUGCUAAAUAGGCUAAUAAACCGAAAAAUAAGUAGAUGUUUAUAUCUAGGGCUAAUAAUUAAGCGUAUAUAUCGUUAAUGAUU